UGGGUUGGUUGCGCGCGUCUUCUCGGUACGCAGGAAUCAAUAUAGGGGGUGUCUUUUAGUUGGGGUCGCUAGCAGAAAGCGAUAGCAGUGCUGUUGUUUCUGUCACUGGCAUUGCCGAGGAGGAGAGUGAGGUAAAACGAAGAAAAGGAGGAAAACGACGGCGACGGCGACGGCGACGGCGACGGCGACGACGAGUGACGACGGUGGCGACGAGAACUCGCCGUGGUCAUUUGUAGCGACAUCUGACCUCGUCGUUGCUUCCCCGAGGGUCGUCUCCUCGUCGUCGUCCUCUUUAUCGAGGAAGAAUGGCCGACUCCGAGUUCGAAGAGUUUCGGCAUUAUUUCGAGAGGCUACCGCAACAUCUCAAGGCACCCCUUUCAAAUUACACGCUUGUGCACGACGUCACACUCGAUGACUCGCCUACGUCAUCGCAAGGAAGCGACGGCGAGGUCGGAAGAUCCUGUGAUGGAGUUGCCGGGGAUUCCGAAGACGAGGAUGUCGUUGUGAUACAUCGUCAUGAUAAUCAGAGUGGACACACCUCGGCCGACGAUAGUGAGGAUCUCGAUAAUCAUUGUUCCAUCGUAGCUGACAGUGACUUCAGGUUGGUAACAUCCUUGUUCGGUGGACUGAGCAGCAGGGGUCGAUCAGCAGGCGGUCCUGGCCCAGGUGGAGGUGGAACAUCGUCAUCGGGAAAUGGUGGUAGAGACAGCGUCGUCAGCGACGUCGGUGAUUCCUGCUCAAGUUUAAGUUCCUGGCCAACGCCGGAACACAUCCCAGCGAAUAGACCUGGAAGUGGUAGCGGAGAACGUAGACGUCGAAGAUUACCGGAAAUUCCUAAAGCUAAAAAAUGUAUACCCAUCGGGCAGAUGUCAAUGCAGACGUCUUCCUCAUUGGCGGACGAAUUGAAUGCUGCAACAGGCUCGACAGGUUCAACAGGUUCAAACUCCGGAAGGCCUCAUCUCGUUUUACGAAAAUGUCAUCCUCGAUUGCGACACGAGGACAGUUCGCCGGACAGCGAAAGGAUAGCUACGGAUAGUGGACAUUCGACUGCCCAUUCGCCCGAUAACGGGCCCAAAAGUGUAUCUCCGAUACCGUGCAACACUUUGCAAAACACGGACUCUGUGUCCCCUAGUAGCACGCCAGGUCCUACUGUAGGAAGCGGAGGAGUACCGUUUACGCAAUUAGAGUUGUUAGAGGCUACGCAUCGAGGAUUGCACAAAUUCGUACCAAGACAUCACGACGAGAUCGAUCUCGAGAUCGGUGAUCCGAUAUACGUUCAAAAGGAAGCGGACGAUUUGUGGUGCGAAGGCGUCAACUUGAGAACGGGCAGACAAGGCAUUUUUCCUUCGGCUUACGCAGUAGAUAUGGACUACAGUGACUUUGAUCCUUCGGCACCAAAGGUGAAGAGAGAAAGAUAUCUUUUAGGUUACUUGGGCUCGGUGGAAACCUUGGCGCAUAAGGGUACUGGCGUUGUUUGUCAGGCUGUUCGUAGGAUCGUCGGUAAUUCAUCAGAGGAAUCCCCGAUAUCGCAGAGUUGCAUACUCGAAGUGUCCGAUCAAGGGCUUCGAAUGGUGGACAGGAGUAAGCCGCGGAAAAAUCAGGGUCCUUGUCACGAUUACUUUUAUUCUCUGAAGAACGUUUCUUUCUGCGCCUUUCAUCCGCGCGAUCAUCGUUAUCUCGGUUUUAUCACGAAGCAUCCAACGUUACAAAGGUUUGCUUGUCACGUGUUCAUUGGUCAAGAAUCUACAAGACCCGUCGCCGAAGCCGUCGGGCGAGCCUUUCAUCGAUUCUAUACGAAAUUCAUCGAGACUGCUUUUCCGAUAGAGGACAUUUACAUUGAGUAAUCAAUUAUUUUUCUUUGGUCUGGCCUCGUGGCACCUAUGGACGCGAAGAAAGAAUAAAAGAUCUUGACGCUGCUCCUCUUUCCCUUGUAAAUAAGUUUCCCAUUUAGCUCUAAAUAAAUAUAUAUAUAUAUAUAUAUAUAUAUAUAUAUAUAUAUAUAUAUAUAUAUAUAUAUACAUACAUACAUACAUACAUACAUACAUACAUACAUACAUACAUACAUAAAUACAUAUAUACAUAUAUAUGUGUGUGUGUGUGUGUGUGUGUGUGUGUGUGUGCAUACAAAGAUGAAGAGAAAAGAAAAAACAUAAUAAUAGGCGCCAAUCAAACAUCCAAUCGUAUACAAAUAUAUAUACAUAAAUACAUAUAUACGUGUAUGUAUGCGUGCACACACACACACACACACACACACACACAUUAUGCAUAAUCCGUAUGUAUCGAGUUAACAACGGUAAGCAUUGCGACGGGACCGACGCCUAUUUGUUGACAAAUUUUCGUUGAAAUUAUAUUUAAUUUUGGUGUUAAUUAUGCAAUCAUAUUAUUUGAUUCAUUGUUGGCAAGGCCGUUAGUUCCAAAAUAGCGUUAAUUAAUGCCGCUCGAAGGACGGAUAUUGUUUAGUGAUUUCAAUGUAAAAAUGAUAUUGUCAUUGAUCAUUCAAUGACCGAAAGCCGAACGAAUCCUUAAUCUCACGUCGACUUUUCCUUCUCCUUUUUUUCAUUGCAAGAAAGAUAUGCAAAGAUAUCAAUUUUGGUAAUAUUUCUUUUCUUGCCUUCUUCUUUCUUCUUUUGUUUUUUUCAAAGACGAAUGAUAUCUUCUCUCGUUUCUCGAUGAAAAGUCAUCACGAGGAUUUAAGGAUUCGGAAGGAAGUCGUGCUUAUCCCGAUAAAAUUAUGUAAAAUUUACGAAUUAGCAACGAAAACCACGUAGAACGAUAGAACACGUAAAAAGCCACGUCUUUUUAGAAGUUAGUAGUAUAUUUUUCUAUGUUUCUUUGCGGCAUGCUCUCUGACCUACUUCCUCUCUGAAUGACUGUAAAAAAAAAUCAUAAAAGAAAAGAAAAAUUUCUUUGUAAUUCCCGCGGAACGUACAUUCUUUCUCUACUUUAUUAUAUUCCUCCUAACAUUCCUAUCUAAUUAUAUUUUGAGAUGCGGAAAAAGGUGAGCGUUUGAUCGAGAAGAAAAUGAAAAUGAGAAAAAUAUGAAAAAAUAAUAUAUAUAUAUAUAUAUAUAUAUAUAUAUAUGUGUGUGUAUAUAUAUAUAUAUGUAUAUAUUGUAUAUAUAAAGAACGCACAUUGGCCUCUAUUGUAUUUACGAAUAUCGUUAUUAUUGUAACGCGCCGGUAUUUCACGAUAAUAAAAUCGACAAGUUUUUGUUUCAACA